GACGCGGCGGACGCGGAGGUGGCGGCAGCACAUGGUUCCAAGAGCGCCCUGCGGUUGUUGGGUUCCAAUUCCGUGGGGAGGGACAAAGGCAGCUCUGAGCGCCGGGCAACGCCCAGUCGGGUGGUGCGCUCGCCACUGUCCUCGAUCCGGGCCUUGAAAACUGGGACUAACUUGUCUCCGUGAGGAGGAGACCACGGGACCGAGGCCCAGUGAGGGCCUGAGAGGCUGAGGCCGCUGUCUGAGGGCAAGGGGGAGGGGCGCGGCCCGCCUGAGUUGAUUGGGUGGGUCAAUUCUGUGGCGACUUAAUGGGCCACAGUGAGGUAAUUUGACUCACUACCCUGAGGAGAUUGGGGCGCACAGCAAGCUAGGUUUGAUCUGGGCUUUGAAAACGGAAAUCGGUCUUCAGCGCUUAGGAAAUCUUUCAGUUGGUAGGUGGUGAAGCCGGAACUAACGCCAUAUGCACUCGAGCAACAUCGUGAUCGCCAGUUUGGGGCUUAUUUAAGGAUCCUGGGAUCAUUGAUGGCGAAGACAUGUGUGGCUGUCCAGUUUUAUGACUGAAGUUGCUAGACUUCCGGAUUGUGGUUAAAGAACUGGAGACAUCACCGCACUCAUGGCUUUCACGAAUUACAGCAGUCUGAAUCGAGCUCAGCUAACCUUUGAAUAUCUACAUACAAAUUCAACCACUCAUGAAUUCUUGUUUGGUGCUCUUGCUGAACUAGUUGAUAAUGCAAGAGAUGCUGAUGCCACGAGAAUUGAUAUUUAUGCAGAAAGGCGGGAGGACCUUCGAGGAGGAUUUAUGCUCUGUUUUUUGGAUGAUGGAGCAGGAAUGGAUCCAAGUGAUGCUGCCAGCGUGAUCCAGUUUGGGAAGUCGGCCAAGCGAACGCCUGAGUCCACCCAGAUUGGGCAGUACGGGAACGGGUUAAAGUCGGGCUCGAUGCGCAUCGGGAAGGAUUUCAUCCUCUUCACCAAGAAGGAAGACACCAUGACCUGCCUCUUCCUGUCACGCACCUUUCAUGAGGAGGAGGGCAUUGAUGAGGUGAUAGUCCCAUUGCCCACUUGGAAUGCUCGAAACCGGGAACCUGUCACAGAUAACGUGGAGAAGUUUGCCAUCGAGACAGAGCUCAUCUACAAAUAUUCUCCCUUCCGCAAUGAAGAGGAGGUGAUGACUCAGUUCAUGAAGAUUCCUGGGGACAGCGGAACGCUGGUAAUCAUCUUCAACCUCAAACUCAUGGAUAACGGAGAGCCAGAGCUGGACAUAAUCUCAAAUCCAAGGGAUAUCCAGAUGGCAGAGACUUCCCCAGAGGGCACCAAGCCAGAGCGCCGCUCCUUCCGUGCCUACGCUGCCGUGCUCUACAUUGAUCCCCGGAUGCGGAUCUUCAUCCAUGGGCACAAGGUGCAGACCAAGAGGCUCUCCUGCUGCCUGUACAAGCCCAGGAUGUACAAGUACACAUCAAGCCGCUUCAAGACCCGCGCGGAGCAGGAGGUGAAGAAAGCUGAGCACGUGGCGAGGAUUGCUGAAGAGAAGGCACGGGAGGCAGAGAGCAAAGCUCGGACGUUGGAAGUGCGCCUGGGCGGGGAUCUCACGCGGGACUCCAGGGUGAUGUUGCGACAGGUCCAGAACACAGCCAUUACUCUGCGCCGGGAAGCCGACGUCAAGAAGCGGAUCAAGGAGGCUAAGCAGCGAGCACUUAAAGAACCUAAGGAACUGAACUUUGUUUUCGGGGUCAAUAUCGAACACCGGGACCUGGAUGGAAUGUUCAUCUACAACUGUAGCCGCCUGAUCAAGAUGUAUGAGAAAGUGGGCCCACAGCUGGAAGGUGGCAUGGCGUGUGGUGGGGUUGUUGGGGUCGUCGAUGUGCCCUACCUGGUCCUGGAGCCCACACACAACAAGCAGGACUUUGCGGACGCCAAGGAGUACCGGCACCUGCUGCGGGCCAUGGGGGAGCACCUGGCACAGUACUGGAAGGACAUCGCCAUUGCCCAGCGGGGAAUCAUCAAGUUCUGGGAUGAGUUUGGCUACCUCUCUGCCAACUGGAACCAACCCCCAUCCAGUGAGCUGCGCUACAAGCGGCGGCGAUCCAUGGAGAUCCCAACCACCAUCCAGUGUGAUCUGUGUCUGAAGUGGCGGACACUCCCCUUUCAGCUGAAUUCUGUGGAGAGGGAUUACCCUGACACUUGGGUUUGCUCCAUGAACCCUGAUCCUGAGCAGGACCGGUGCGAGGCCUCUGAGCAGAAGCAGAAGCUCCCCCUGGGGGCACUGAGAAAAGACCCGAAGACACAGGAGGAGCGGCAGAAGCAGCUGACGCAGAAAAUCCGCCAGCAGCAGGAGAAGCUGGAGGCCCUGCAGAAAACCACACCCAUUCGCUCCCAGGCUGACCUGAAGAAACUGCCCUUGGAAGUGACCACCAGACCUUCCUCUGAGGAACCUGCACGUAGACCUCAGCGUCCUCGGUCGCCUCCUUUACCCGCUGUGAUCAAGAAUGCCCCGAGCAGACCCCCUUCCCUUCAAGCUCCCAGGCCAGCCAGCCAGCCCAGAAAGGCUCCUGUCAUCAGUAGCACCCCAAAGCCUGCUGCCCCGGCCGCCCGGGAGGUGGCCAGCACUUCCCGGCUACUCCAGCCUCCCGAGGCACCCCGGAAGCCUGCCAACACUCCAGUUAGGCCUGCGUCCUGGCCCAGCCCACCGGUGCAGCCACCGUUGCCAUCUCCCCAGCCCAACUCCAGGAGCCCUCGGGAGGUCCCUUCCCCCCGAGCCCUGAAGACUCCAGUGGUCAAGAAGCCAGAGCUGCCCGCUAAACUCUCCCCGCAGGCCACUCCUGGUCGGAAGCGGAGCCUCGGGGUCUCUGAUGAGGAAGAAACAGAGGAAGAGGCUGAGAAGAGGAAGGAGAGGUCCAAGAGGGGCAAGUUUGCUGUGAAGGAGGAGAAGAAGGACCUGAAUGAGCUCUCAGACAGCUCUGGGGAAGAGGACUCGGCUGACCUCAAGAGUGCUCAGAAAGAUAAAGGGCUGCACGUGGAGGUGCGUGUGAAUAGGGAGUGGUACACAGGCCGUGUCACAGCUGUGGAGGUGGGCAAGAAUGCGGUGCGGUGGAAGGUGAAAUUUGACUAUGUGCCCACGGACACAACACCAAGAGACCGCUGGGUGGAGAGAGGCAGCGAGGACGUGCGGUUGAUGAAGCCCCCGUCCCCAGAGCAUCAGAGCCCGGACACACGUCAGGAGGGCAGGGAAGAGGUGGUGGCGGCGGUGGCGGCGGUGGCCCCGGCAGGGGACUCGGUGGCCCAGCAGGCUGCAGCCACGGCAGAGCCCUCCACCUCAGACUGCAUCCCCAUCGAACCUGACACCACCGCCCCCAGCACCAACCACGAGACCAUUGACCUCCUCGUCCAGAUUCUUCGGAAUUGUCUACGGUACUUCCUGCCUCCAAGUUUCCCCAUCUCUAAGAAGGAGCUGAGUGCUAUGAAUUCAGAUGAGCUGAUAUCGUUUCCUCUGAAAGAGUACUUCAGGCAGUAUGAGGUCGGGCUGCAGAACCUGUGCCACUCCUACCAGAGCCGCGCCGACUCGCGGGCCAAGGCUUCUGAGGAGAGCCUGCGCACCUCCGAGAGAAAGCUGCGUGAGACGGAGGAGAAGCUGCAGAAGCUGAGGACCAACAUCGUGGCACUCCUGCAAAAGGUGCAGGAGGAAUCUGUGGUUCCAUCCCUGGCGGCACAGCAUCCUGACCAGGAGGGCUGGAGGUGGUACGGCUGCCUGGGCCUCAUCCCAGCCAGACCCCACGGAGGGGCCGAGGUUAGAGUCCAGGACUCCACUGAGGAGGUUCCCAGUUAUCUGGGACAUAGACAUUAACACAGACGACGAGCUGGAUGCCUACAUCGAGGACCUGAUCACCAAGGGGGACUAGGGCCCGGAGCCAGAGAUCAGCUCCCCUGCCCCUCAAGGCAGAGCUCCUGAGGGUGGCGUUUCAUUUUUGGGUUGAUGGACUUACCUUGGUUUGACUCAUGGGAUAUUUGUGCUUUUGGUGGGAAAGAGACUCUUGAUUCUUUGAAUCCUCCACCCUAAGUUUAUAAAUAUUUAUUUUUUGAAAGAAACAACAUGCUGUGCCUGCUGUGAGACCAUACAUUUUUUUUGGUGACUCUUGGGCAAAUGACAGAACUAGGAUGCCAAAUCUUGAGUUUCUUCUCUUGGCUCCUGGCUCCUCAAGGUGUGGUGAAUUCCAGAGCCGUUUGGAAGUUGGAGGGGCUCCAGGGGCAGGGCUGGGGGAGGGACAGGACUCUUCCCAUCUGGUGCUCCCCCAGGAGCUCCGAUCCAGGGGAUCUCCGUGGGGCUUCGAUCGGCAGGGGGCUUGGUGCUGAGGACCUUCCUGCCUCGCGGCUCCUGCCUCAGGUCGGAGGUGAGUGGUGGUCCAAAUGGUCAGUCAGCUUGGGGAAGAAAGAUCCUCCUGUUCAGCUUCCCCAUCCACCACCUAAAUUCUCCUUGCUGGACAUUUCCUUAGAUAGCAGUAGAUGGUGAGGUUUCCUGCCACAAAAACUUGAGUCCAGGUCAAGGCAUGGACAGGUCUGACUGGUCAGACUGCUGACCUGGGUAACACAUCAUUUGCAUUCCAAAGGAGUCCCCUUAGGAACCUUGUGUGUGAAGGAGCACCAUGCUGUGGCAGGGUCCUGGGGAGGGCUGCUGCUCUCACCGCUUCCCCUCUGUUGACCCCCCACGCCCUGUCCAGGCGUCCGGUCUGCGGCAGACGGGAGGAGAGGUCACCAAGCCCUGGGCCCGCAGGAACUGCACAGACAGCUCUGCAGCGGGCGCGCCACGCCUUCCUCUGCCUGGUCACGGCCUCGCAUGCUGUGGUCCUCAAACAACUCAGGGUCAAAGACCAAGGCCAGAGUUGCCGAGUUUUCUAUAAUGGCCAAUGGAAAAGUUCUGGUUCGAUUUCCCCCAACUCACUCCUUACUCCCCUUUAUUUGGGGACUUCGGGUUUUCUGGAGCCACAAGAACCAUGAUCUUGCCCCACUGGUCUGCAAUUCUGACCUUGGUGUGUUUCCAGCGUCUGCCCACCUGCUCAGCAGUGGCCACGUGCCGCCCCGUGAAGACUGCAGGAGACGGGGAAGAAGGGCGAGGGAGGCAGGCCGCAGGGGAAUUGAGGUCUUCGCCCACUUGUGCACAUGGCCAGAAGUGCCUGUGAUUUGUGGGCUUGGGACUUCUCAAAACCACACCCCUGGGCAAGGGCUGUUUCAGAGAAAUACCAGGGAGGCCCUGACCUCUUCCUCAGAAGAUUCUCCAAGACUUUUGGGGUUUCUUGAGCUGGUGGUUCCUAUCCUGUCCAGCUCAUUCUCUUCAUCACAGGCAGCAUAUGAUCCAUUUUUGUCCCCAAACUUUCUGUUUUAGUCUAGAUGGAAGCUGAUUCUGCAUUUUCACCAGAGGGUAAUACUCAAGGUUUUUAUUUACACACCUGUAAUCAAAAUGCAAUACUAUAAACUUUUACUGGCGAGA